UCUCCCCGUGCGGCGCGCUCGCCGCUCCGCGCUCAUGGCCUUCCCAUAAUCCCCCGCGGGCGCCCGGCCUCUUCCUUUUCCGCCAUCUUGCCGCACCGGCACCAUGGUGCGCAUGAACGUUCUGGCCGAUGCUCUCAAAAGCAUCAACAACGCAGAGAAACGUGGGAAGCGGCAGGUUCUCAUCAGGCCGUGCUCCAAAGUCAUCGUCCGGUUUCUAACUGUGAUGAUGAAGCAUGGUUACAUUGGUGAAUUUGAGAUAAUUGAUGAUCACAGAGCUGGGAAGAUUGUUGUCAAUCUCACAGGCAGACUCAACAAGUGUGGUGUAAUCAGUCCCAGAUUUGAUGUUCAACUGAAGGAUUUGGAAAAAUGGCAAAACAACCUGCUGCCUUCACGUCAGUUUGGGUACAUAGUACUGACCACCUCAGCUGGCAUCAUGGACCACGAGGAGGCUAGGCGAAAACACACAGGAGGCAAAAUCCUGGGAUUCUUUUUCUAAAACUUGUAAAAGAGGAUACUAAUAAAUUGUUCAAACGGA